UGGGAGUUCCCAGCUCUGGCGUGAAGGCUUGGGGACAGUGCCAACCUCAAGGCCAGGACUGUGUGCGGAGGAGGGAGAACUGGGCGCCUGGUCGAGCCUGAGGGACCUGUGGUCCAAGGAGCUGCUCCCCCCAGGUCCCUUGCAUCUCCAGAGCCCACCAUGGACGCUGCAGCCAAGGACGACGUGCAGCCCGCUCUUCUUCUUGGGCCUGAGUGGCCGGAGCAGGAGAGGGCAGAACAGCUGGCCAGGGGUGCUGCACUCAAGUGGGCCUCAGGCAUCUUCUACCGGCCGGAGCAGCUGGCCAGGCUAGGCCAGUACCGCAGCCGCGAGAUGCAGCGUACCUGCUCCCUGCAAGCACGGAUCAAGUCUGUGGUGCAGUCGUACCUGGAGGGCGUGAAGACAGGGCUGUGGCAGUUGGCCAGGGCGCUCGAGGCUGUGCAGGGAGCCCGGGAGGAUCUGGGCCAGGCACAUGAGCUGCUCCAAGGCACGAUGGACGCUGCCCGGAUCCUAGAGCCCCUGCGGGAGCGGCUUGCCCAGCACAAGCAGCUGCAGACUCUGUCUCAGCUGCUGCCCCGACUGCGGGCGGUGCCGGCUACAGUGGCCCACACGCAGACCCUGAUUGAUGCCCAGCAGCUCUUAGAAGCAUACGUGAGCCUACGGGAACUGGAGCAGCUACGCGAGGAGACUUGGGCCCCUUUGGGGGGCCUGGAGUUGCCAGUAUUUGAGGGGCUUGGCCCCCUGGCGGAGGCCCUGGGCCAGGCCGUGGAGGCAGUGGCAGGGGCUGCAGGGCAGCUGGCCCGGGAGAAUCCAGCCCUGCUGGUGGCCGCCGUGCGUGUGGCAGAGAUAGAGGCAGGGCGCAGCUCCUCCCUAGGGCAGGGCCCUCGGAACUGGCGGCUGCGCUGUUUGCGGGCCCUCCAGGAGGGUCUGGAGCGGACCCACUUCAGCACGUCCCUGCUGCCUGGGCCAGGGGCGCUGGCAGGGUGGCUGGAGUGCCUCCAGGUGGCCCUGCCCGCCGAGCUGGCUGCAGCCGAGGCGCUGAUAGCACCCUGCUGCCCGCCACACUACAGGGUGGUACCACUGUGGGCCCGCACCCUGCACGGGGGCCUGCGCCGCAGCCUACAGCAGCUCCUGCAGGGGCCUGAGCUGGGAGCCCCUGAUGCCUUCGCCUUGCUGCACUGGGCCCUGCGUGUCUACCUGGGGCCAGAAAUGAUGGGGAGCCUGGAGUUGGGGCCCGAGGCUGACGUGUCUCAGCUGGAGCCCCUUCUGAGCCCGGAGAGCAUCGAGCAGCUGGAGGGGACCUUUGUGACCAAAGUCCAGGCCAAUGUGGCCCAGUGGCUACAAAAAGCACUGGAUGGGGAGGUAGCUGAGUGGGGCCGUGAGCAGGCACCCGACACAGACCCGUCAGGCUUCUAUCACUCCCCUAUGCCAGCAAUAGUGCUGCAGAUCCUGGAAGAGAACAUUCGUGUGACCAGCCUGGUCAGUGAGUCACUGCAGCGGCGCGUGCAUGCCAUGGCACUGUCAGAGCUGGGCGCGUUCCUCAGGAGCUUCAGUGAUGCUUUGAUCCGAUACUCCAGAGACCACUUGAGGGGGGACACAGUGGCCCCUCAUUAUGUGCCCUACCUACUGGCUGCCCUCAACCACCAAUCAGCACUCAGCUCUUCGGUGUCCGUCCUGCAGCUGGACAGCUUGGCUUCGGGGGCCUUGACUCCGGCCGAGGCAGCGCUGGACGAGCUGCACAGGAGGAUCUGCCGUCUCGUGUUGGAAGCACUGCUGGCAGAACUCCAGCCCCUGUUCGCGGCUCUGCCAUCGCGCCGGUGGCUGUCGAGUUCGGAACUGCUGGAGGAAGUUUGUGAGCGGACCAAACGUUUUUCCCGCGACUUCUGGCGAGUGCGGAACCCCGUUGUCCAGCUGCUGCUGGCCGAGGUGGAGCGGACUGUGGUGCUGCAGUACCUGCGCGCCCUCAUGCAGGGUCGACUAGUGUGCCGCAGUGCCGAGGAGCGAACCCAGGCGGCCGAGCGCCUGCGGCAAGACGCUGCCCACCUUCGAGAUCUUUUCUUGGGUUUGGGUUUGGAGGGCAACGUUCAAUGCGUGCCUGUGCUGCUGGCCUUGCGGGAGCUCCUGAACCUCCGAGACCCCACGCUGCUUGGCCUCGAGGUAGCAGGCCUGCGGCAACAAUUCCCGGACGUGAGUGAGGAUCACAUCUCUGCCCUCUUGGACCUGCGCGGGGACGUGUCCCGCGAUCAGCGCCUGGCCGCACUCAGCUCCCUGCAUGUCGGCCCGCAACCCUCACCCCGCGCCGGUCGCCGCGCCCUCUUCAGCCUGGUGCCAGCACCGACACCCGCUCUGUCCUCCUGCCUCCCGUCGGGGCCCUGUGCCUGAUUCCCGGCCGCCAGCGUAAUAAAGUCCUGGCCCGCAUAUGCUUGAUGAGUGUGUGUAUGUGUGUAUUGGGGGACUGGCAGAUGAAAUCAAAGAGUCCACUGUUUGAGAGUCAAUGAGCAGCACGCCUAAGGUAUGCUGGCUGUCCCCCACCUCUCCCGGCAUGAGCCCUCACAGUGCACAGCGUACUCAAAUACCCAACACGCAGCAACCGUGGCUUGGUGCCCGCCUCCACUGU